AGCCAGGAAGUGAUUCUCUUUGAGUUGUUUGUUUUGAUUCCAACCAGCAGAAGCAUUACAUUGCCAGACGUAUAAAUACGGUUUUUUUCUGUUUGUUUGUUAGUUAGUUUUUUUUUAAUAUUCAGAGUUAAUUGUCUGUAUUGAAAGUUUUACACGAGAAGUUAAACUGCGAGAUUCUGGCAUCAAUAUUUGACCCGCGCAGCUGGUCUCGAUAGAGAACAUUGUUUCGCAGAACUACUGCUUUGGAAACUCGGCAAACAAGGGCAAACACCUAUUUUAUUUUAAACGGUACAGGCAUUUGUGCCAGGUUUAACACUCGCUUCUUUGUAACCUUUAACUAUUACCAAGUUUUUGAUCACGGUGAAAAUGCGUCGGUAUUGACAGAAAAUCAGUAAUCAAUAGUGUAGUGAAAUUUUUUUUGGAAAUUCCCUUUUUUUAAAGCUUCAAGGGACGAGAAUUUUUUGUUUUGCUUUAAAUAUCGGAGCUCUAUAUGCCUGCUGAAAGAACAAUUUUCAAUGGAUUUUUUACUACAUCAAGCGUUUAAUCGCCCGACCUCAUGACGGCAGAUCUAAGUUCUGGCAAUUAUCUGGGUGAGAGAAGAGAAUGUGAAUGCAUACAUUUGAAACCAUCAGAAAUGAUUGUGGUGGAGAACAUGAGCAAUGACAAGAACAGUGAUUUGACACAGCAUGCGCAGCAAAACUAUCAUAACCUACAAGUGGUACAAGAUCCAAUCACAGAUUCUCAGGAACCAUGUAUCUCACUCAUGUAUGUUGUUUCGUGUCUUGUGUCAGCAGCUACCAGGAGAUUUUCGCAGGAUGCACUUGACGGACCACCCACAUCUGACAGUGAUGCCAGUACUACCCAGCCAAUCAGUAUGCAGCAUUGGCAGUGAUUCUGCAAGCAGCAGCUUAUCAGAUAUAUAUCAUGCCACAGAGAGUGAAGUUGGUGACAUGGAUCUGUCUGGGCUCCCUGAGGCACCUGUUGAUUCAGAUGAUGAGUAUGAGGAAGAUGAAGGCCUUGAGCAUGCUUCUGACCCUUUGCUUGCCCGAGAUGUGGUUAGAGAGUGUUUGGAGAAGGAGCCAGUUGAGCGCAAUGAUGAAGACAUUGAGCUGCUCCUGGAUUUCAUGCAUCAGCUGCCUGCAUUUGACAACAUGACCAUGUCAGUGAGGAGAGAAUUUUGUAUAGUCAUGGUCUUUAAGGUUGUAGAACAGGCUGGCACCAUCAUCCUGCAUGACAAACAGGAGUUGGACCAGUGGUAUGUUAUCCUGAACGGUGCAGUGGAGAUAAAUUACGGAGACAGUCGAACCGAGAUCCUCUGCAUGGGGAACAGCUUUGGAAUCUCUGCCUCCUUGGUGAAGCAAUGCAUGAAUGGAGAAGUGCGCACAAAAGGGGAUGACUGCCAGUUGGUGUGCAUCGCUCAGAAGGACUACUGGCGAAUCCUCAACCAUGUGGAGAAAAACAUGCACAAGGUGGAGGAAGAAGGGGAAAUUGUGAUGGUAAAGGAGUAUCGUGAGCUGGAUCGCAGUGGCUUAUGCAAGGGCCACAUUGUCAUCAAGGGCACUCCAGAAAGGCUGAUUUUGCACUUGGUGGAGGAGCCUUCAGUAGUGGAUCCGACCUACAUUGAAGAUUUCCUCCUCACUUACCGCACAUUCAUUUCCACCCCGAUGGAAGUGAGCAAUAAGCUAUUAGAGUGGUUCAGAGUGGACAAUCUGAGAGACACGGUUACACGGAUAGUGUUGUUAUGGGUGAACAAUCAUUUUAAUGAUUUUGAAAGAAACCCUUCAAUGACACAGUUUUUAGAGGACUUUGAGAAGUUGCUAGAUGAAGCGAAAAUGAAUGGUCAUUUGCGUUUGCUGAACAUGGCCUCAGCAGCUAAACCCAAGUUGCGUCAGCUAAUGCUGCAGAAAGGGAACAGAGAUUCACCACUGCCAUUUAGCUUGCUAGGAGGGAGUGAGAGAGGCUUUGGCAUAUUCAUAGACAAUGUGAAAGAGGACAGUAAGGCCAUGGAAGCUGGUCUCAAAAGAGGAGAUCAGAUAAUAGAGAUUAAUGGGCAAAAUUUUGAAAACAUAUCUUACUCCAAAGCUAUGGACAUUAUAAGGAACAAUACUCACCUUUCUCUCACUGUAAAGACGAACAUCUUUGUCUUCAAAGAGCUUCAAAACUAUGUGAAGAAUAUUAAGAAGAAUGGAGCUGCCAAGAUUUCCAAAUUUCAUGAGAAGAAAGGCAACCGCUUCUCCAUUACUGAGCUGCCAGGCGACAUUGAACUUCCUACUGACAGCAAGAGUCACAAGAAAAUGAAGGCCCACACAGUGUCAGCUGGACGCAACAAGAUACGCAAGAUGCUGGAGAAGACCAGAUUUAGCAUUCUACCUCCCAAACCAUUCAGUGAUUCAAGCAUAGGACACUCUCAGGAUGACAGCAUUGUUGGCACAAAACGGUGUAGACACAGUGUGGCCAUCAUGCCAAUGGGCAGUCUGUCCUCCAGCAGUCCUGAUUUACUACAGCCAACAACCAGCAUACUCAGUUUCUCAAGCUCCAUAGAUGUUCUAGAUCAAGUGUUGCGUGUUUUCAAAGCAGACCAACAGAGCUGCUACAUCAUUAUCAGUAAAGACACAACGGCCAAGGAUGUGGUUUUGCUUGUAGUUAAGGAGUUUGGUCUCAUUGCUGCUCCUGGGACCUAUUCGCUGUGUGAGGUGUCAGUCAGUCCAGAAGGUGUCAUUAAACAGCGCCGUCUACCAGACCAACUGUCCAAACUGGCAGAUCGCAUCCAACUCAAUAGCAGGUACUACCUGAAGAACAACAUGGAAACAGAGACCCUCUGCUCAGAUGAGGAUGCUCAAGAGCUGCUGAGAGAGAGUCAGAUUAGUCUUCUCCAGCUCAGCACUCUGGAGGUGUCUGCCCAGCUGUCCAUACGUGACUUUGGCAUCUUCCGGAACAUUGAGUCAACCGAGUACGUUGACAGUCUCUUCAAGCCAAACUCCAGCAAUGGCCAUCUAAAACAGUUUGAGGACCUUAUCAACGAGGAGACCUUUUGGGUGGCCACUGAGAUUUUGCAUGAGGCAAAUUCACUAAAGCGCAUGAAGACAAUCAAGCACUUCAUCAAGAUUGCACUGCAGUGCCGCGAGUGCAACAACUUUAAUUCCAUGUUUGCCAUAAUAAGUGGUCUGAACCUUGCCCCAGUUGCCCGGCUACGAGGCACAUGGGAGAAGCUUCCCAGCAAAUAUGAAAAGCUUUUUCAAGACCUGCAGGAUAUUUUUGACCCUUCACGCAACAUGGCCAAAUAUCGCAACAUCCUGAGCAGCCAAAAUAUGCACCAGCCAAUAAUUCCUCUCUUUCCUGUGGUUAAGAAAGACCUGACAUUCCUGCAUGAAGGUAAUGACACAAAUGUGGACGGUCUUGUGAACUUUGAGAAGCUGCGAAUGAUUGCCAAGGAGAUUCGGCAUGUUGUGCAAAUGACCACCACCAGCAUGGACCCAGCAAUCAUGUUUCAUCAGAGGAAGAAGAGAUGGAAGAGUUUAGGGUCCUUGAGUCAGGGCAGCACUAAUUCCAACCUGCUGGAUAUGCAAACUGGACAUAAGAAGCGUGUGCAGCGCAGCUCAUUGCUAAAUGGCAAGAAGCUAUAUGAAGAUGCACAGAUGGCCCGUAAGGUCAGGCAGUACCUAUCCCAGCUGCAAGUGGAGACAGAUGAAGAGAAGUUACAGGUUAUGUCCCUGCAGUGUGAGCCAGCCUACAGUACUCUCUCCAAAAGCUUGAGUGAAAGGAGGUCCACCAAAUAUGACUUGUCUCCUGUGUUCACACGCUCAUCUUUGAUCUCUGGAAAGUCAUACAAUCGUGUCUCCCAGGUCCUACAGGUCCCACCCGUCAGCCUCAAUCCCCUACGGAAAAAGAGCAUUGCCAAAGACCUAAUAACUGCACACAGCAACUUAAACAACUUGGAUCCAACCCUCAAUGAGAUUCUUGCACAUUCCAGCACAAUCAGGAGCUCACCAGAUUGCAUGCAAAAAGCCAGAAGCCAAAUACAGUCAGCAUCACUUCACAUUGACUCAGAAAACUGCACAAGUUUGUCCUUGGUGAGGAACUUGGUGACACAAGGCUCAAAAAUGACCUCCACUGAAGACCUAACUUUGCCCAUUUCAGAGGUAGCUGACAGUGGCCGAGGAAGCUGGACAUCGUGCUCCAGCAACCCACAUGAAAAUUUUCAGAACUUUCAGGUCCAAGGCAUAACAAAGCAUGUCAAUAUGAUGAACCAACUGCAUCAUCAUAAGGCUGACACUGUCGCUGUUAUGGAUGAUUUUCAGGCCAUAAAGAGACUUUACAAAGAUGGCUUAGAGCUGAAUCAUUCCAGACAGGGUUGGGCUUCUUCCAGCUCAGUCUCAGAAAGGUGUGAGAAAAACUACAGCACUAUUAAACACAGAGAGAGCAAUGAGCAGCGAAGCACAGACCCUGCAUAUAAAAUGGUCACCUCCACCACAGAGAAAGGUCUCAUAGUGUAUUGUGUAACAUCACCAUGCAAAGAUGAUAGGCCUCCUACCCCACUUGGUAAUGGGCUGUCAUUAAGGGACAUGCAGGCACGGGAGGGUGGAGCUCUGCGGCCAGACUAUUUAAAGCCACCCAACUAUAGUGUGGCAUUACAAAGGUCCAAGUUGUUGGGUGACUCAUGGAGAUUGGCAGAUGCGCAUCAACCUAUCAUCACCAGGCCUGCCAGUGUAGCAUCUCAUGCUGUAGCUACUAGUGAGGAUGAAGAACAAGUGUCAGCUGUGUGACUCCAGGGAAUGUGUGUGGAAACUGUGUGAAGCUCAGCUCUAUAACAUGAAACCACUCAUCUCCCCGCAACAAUACCAAGCAAUUCUGCAUGGACUUUACCACUUCUUAAAAUCUUUCUCUUUUAAUAUCUUAAAAAUGUUCAUCUUUUAAAUCACUGUGUUUUGAAAAAUCUUAAAAUCUUGAUGCAAUGUGUAAUUCCUCCAAUUUUGUGGGGCAAAACUUUUUUGUUAAUUUGGUGUGUUUCCAUGGUGUGUGGCGUAGUAAUUAAGGUGUUGGACUACUAAUCAAAAGGUCAUGAGUUUGAAUCCCAGGUCCACCAAGCUGCCACUGCCCUUGAGCAAGUUGUUGCUCAGUUGUAUGAAUUGAAAUAAAAUGUAAGUCACUCCGGGUAAGGGUGUCUGCUAAAUGCCAGAAAUGUAAAAUUUAACUGUAAAAUUGAAACACACCAAAUAAAUAAAACAAGUUUUGCUGGUUAUUUUUUCUGGUGAUUUAUUUAUUUAUUCCAUCAAAUGCCUUCCAUAAUUAUCUACCAAAUAAUCUGCCUUAUAGAUCUAAAUCUUUGAGAUGGGCCAAUUCCCAUUUAUUCAUUUUCUGUUUUAUUUUGUCUUGCAUUGAGUGUGUAUCAUAAUUCUGGAUAAAUAAUGCCUGUGCUUGAUUUUUCUAGACAUACUCUUUAUAUUGCCUUUACCACUAAUAGCAUCUCAGGCUAUCAUGAAUGUCAUCUCUUCAUGCAGUUGCUUCAGCUGCCCCAUGCACUGCUGACUGUAAUGUCAAAUAAAUUAAGCUUUAGAAGUUUCUAAAGCUGUAAAUAUUUGCUGCAUUUUUGCAGCUGUCUGAAAUGGCACUCUAAAAGUACAAGUGGGUAAAAAUGAAAAGUUUAGCUUUUAGAUAAUGUUUUUGUUCAUAUUAUUCCUUUCCUUCUUAUUAUUUUACUGUAUCAGGCUGCUAUUUUUUUUAUAGCAACAAGAAAUAAGUAAAAGCCCCUUCAACUAAUCUCUGUUGUAAAUUAUCUCAUUUUGUGGUACUUGCUUGUUACAGAUAUGUCUUGCUUGUGAAGAGAUAUGUGCAUAAUUAUCAGGCAAA